GAGGGCGAGAGAGAUUGAGAAUGACUUGGAGAGACAGAGGGAGAGAGAGAGCAGUCCCUCCUGCUCAGCUUCUAGCCAGCCUGUCAGGUGAAAUGCUCUCCUUCCACUGUUUCUUUCCUUCUAAUCCUCCUGUAAAUCUCCUGUAAUCGGGCGAGAGCAUGCUGCCUCCUGACAAACUUACAGCUACAGGCUGCCUGCUGCCUGACUUUGUGUUCAUUGUCUAUGUAAAGACCUGGGAGGAGGAUGGUGUGGCGGUGGUGAUCUAUCGGACAGCCUAGGCACACUGUAAGGAGGGGGUUAGAGCACUUUAGCUGGAGCAGCACGGGUCUGUUGUUGAGGAACAGAGGAACAGAGGAAGAGGGGAUGCAUAUGCUGUAUUGUCCCAGGAAGACGGAGAAAGGGAGUAAACAGAGGGAGAGAGAAGAGGACAAUACCCGCCAUUGGAUAGACAACCAUCUUAUGAGAGCAGUUGUGAUGUGGUAAUCAUCAGCAGGGUCCAGGCAGGGUCCUCUCCACAUCUCAUCCUCCCGUGGGCAGAGGAGGCCUCUUGGUCGGGUGUGAUCCCCUCCUCUCGGUGGUCCACCUGGUGGUCCAGUGAUGGCUCAGGCACAAGAUGAUCCCCAACUAGGCGCUGGCCCGUCCGAGGAUUCUGAACUCUCUGAGAAUGAGUCCGAAACGGCGAGCUUGGUGUCGGAGGACUCUGUCAUGCCAGACUAUGAGAUGGUGCGGGGUAGUGGAGGCACCACCUCUACGCUGUACGAGGCCUGUAACAGGAACGAGGCGCUGACGCUACAGAGGGUCCUGGAGAGGGGGGUUACUAAGGAAGAGGUUAUGGAGCUGGACAUCAAUGGCAUGAAUGGUCUGAUGCUUGCUGUCUCCAGAGGCUAUGUGGACAUGGUCUACGGUCUACACACGUGUCCACUGAUCGACAUUAACCAUCAGGACAACGAAGGCAACACAGCACUGAUGAUCGCUGCCCAGGCCGGCUACACCUCCAUUCUAAACUUCAUCCUGAACUACUACCCUAAGAUAGACCUGGAAGUGAGGGACACCCGGGGCUUCACUGCCCUCAUCAAGGCAGCCAUGCAAGGCAGGGUAGACUGUGUGUCUUCCCUCCUCAUGGCCGGUGCAGAUAUCAAUGUAGUGGAUGAGGUCCGGGGGAAAAGCAUCAUGGACUGGGCCCUGAAGACGGGUCGCUUCGAGGUCCUGCAGCGUCUCCGUUUUCUCCAGGAGCACCCCAUCGCCGAGCAGUUCUGCGACAGCUACGUGAUAGAGUGGCCCGAGCUGAAGGAGCUGGUUGCCAAAGCCAUGAUCCCCAAAACACUGACUCAACGUCUGAAGGACAGCCUGACCAUUAGCUUACCCAGGGACCCUCAGGACAACGGAGUGAUGGACCACCUGGUGAAGAUGACCACAUCCAUCCACAGCCCUCUAGUCUCCACUGGCUGCCGGCCCCUCUGCCCCACAAGCCCCCCCGAGCUCGGGAAGAGGCGCCUGGCCGUGCCGGAGCUGAUGGAGAAGCACAGCAGUAAGGACCUGGAGGAAAGCUCUGUGUGUCAUAGUAACGGUGUGAAAUGUUCCUUCAAGCCUGCGCCAGCGUCGUCAAGCCCCUUCUCACUCGCCAACUGCUGCUCGAACACGGAGUGGAGGGAUAGUAUUCUCUCGAUGGCUGCCAGCGGCGUCCGGAACUUCAUUCCUUGUUCCAUUGCCCACCGGAACUCUGUAUUCCCGUCUGGUUGCAUCCCCAAGAUCACCUUCACCAAGUCUCAAGACAAAACACCCAAGAAGGCGAAGAAGGCGAAGAGACACAAGGGCCACCUGGAGCCUCCAGUCUGGAAGUACAAGGCGGCGAAGCAGGAGAAGAAAAAGGAAAAGGAAAAGUUGGAGGAAGAGAAGCAAGCGCAAGAGAAGGCACUUAAGAAAGCGAAGAAGAAGGCAGCCAAUGUGGCGGCCAAGUCAAAGGAGCCUGCCAAGGCAAGUUAAACUGCUUUCUGUAAAGUGCCACAGAGUGGGAGCACAGAACUCUGGGAAAAUAGAGCGACCUCUGUGCUGUCAUCAGACGGAAGAGGAAGCGAGACACCCCACUCGCAGUUUUGUUUACUGAUUGAAUGAAAGUCAAUGAACUGAGUAGACCAGACCCAGCUGCUAUUGCAUUGGUGUCCAUGGGAGACCCACCCCUGUUAAGUAGACCAUUUUUUUCAAUGAUAAACGGCCUGAGAGAACUAUCUUGAUUUAUCCACCAUCUUUGCUGUCAUCUGCUACUAACUCCAUUGUAUCCACUGUGAUGAUGUCAUAUAAGACGGACAAGGGGACAACUCCCCUGUGGUGGCACCUGCCUGGGGUCAUCCUGGAGGCUCAGUUGCAGCCCUACCUUGGGGCCUCCAAUAACAUGGGUGGAAACUAGCAUCUAAGCCGGACUAAAUCUAAUGGAUUGACUGUUGUUUUUCCUCUCUGCUGGGAUAUGUGGCUGUAAAGACUGCAAUGGCCUGGACAUUCCUAGACAUUAUUAUGUGGAAUUCUCUUUUUCUGUUUUAAAUUAUUUUGUUGAUUUAUUUAUUUUUGAGAGUUCAGUUGUUAAAAAGAUCAGUAGAGUUUGUUUGGUCUUCCAUGUUCAUAACUAACCAAUCAAAACUGUGAGGGAACCAGAGCCAUAGCAAAGAAAUCUCUAGUUUCUGAUAAGCAAGGUACUUCCUGAAAAAGAAACAGGACAUUAACAUGAGUUAGGCAAAUGAUUAGGGAGGAUUAUGAACAAGGUUUCAGAGAUGCCUGUUUGAUAAACAUCAUGGUCAGAUAUAGCACAACCAGACCUGGGGUCAAAUACAAUUUAAAAGCAUUUCAAAUGUUUCAGCUGUGCUUGAGAGAGCUUGCCUGUUGAUAUGGAAACAAUAUAAAUGUCCCAAAAGUGCAAACCACAUCCAACUGGCACUCCAGGCAAGCUAAAGCAAACGCUGAAUGUUUUUGUAAGAUUUUGAAUAGUAUUUGAAUCCAGGUCUGACUACAACGCACGUCUGAGUUCCAAUCUGCUCUGUGCUUUGUUUUCCUAUGUACUCCAAUUAGCUGUCUUCCGAAAGAAGUAGAUUUUACACUGUUACCGGUGAGAGGACUUUUAUCAAGAGUAGGAAUAUAAUAUCAGGGAUCCCCUCAGUUUUGUUGAGGCUCAGGUAUUUAAAGAUAAACCUGAGUGGCGUAUUAUUACGCUGCACAAACCUGCUCAGUUAGAAGAAAUUGUUUGUUGAUCCAGUUCACAUGUUGUGAUGGAGCUGAAAUUUGAAGUAUGUUAUUCAGUAGGAAUCAACUUCUGUCCUAAUAGUAUGUGAUGGUUCUUUUUAAAUAACACCAUCAUCCUCGUCAAGGAUCCAGAAAAUCGUAUGUGUAGUGGCUUUUGCCAGUCAAAAACCAUUGAUGUGUCAGAUACGGCUCCUACAAUAUGAAAAGAUACAAUAGGCCUAAUGAAUAUUCUAUUACAAAACCAAAAUUAAAACGUUUAAAAACACAACAUCCAUGUGACUUAGUGAUGAUCCUUCUUCCCCCUAUAUCCGAUAGAUUUAGCAGCUUUGGCUAUAGGCUAAGCUGGGUUAGUGUGUGAGCUCAGUGAGCUUGUUAACUGGUACUAUUAUAGUCACAGUCAGAUCAGACAAUAACCAUGUAGCCUAACCAUGGAUACAGCUGUAACCAUGGGGUGUAACCAUACAACCUAACCAUAGAUACAUCUGUAACCAUGGGGUGUAACCAUACAGCCUGACUAUACAGUACUUUCAGAAAGUAUUCACACCCCUUGAAUUUGUCCACAUUUUUUGUGUUACAAAGUGGGAUUCAACUGGAUUUAAUAGUACAUUUUUUUGUCAACGAUCUACACAAAGGUUUCUCAUAUCAGCCAUUUAACUCUGUAACUCGUUUAAAAUCCCCAUUGGCCUCAUGGUGAACUCCUUGAGCGGUUUCCUUCCUCUCUGGCAACUGAGUUAGGAAGGACGCCUGUAUCUUUGUGACUGGAUGUAUUGAUACACCAUCCAAAGAGUAAUUAUUAACUUUACCAUGCUCAAAGGGAUCUACUACAGAGCCUAAAUAUAGAUACAUCUGUAACCAUGGUGAGUAACCCUACAGCCUAAAUAUAGAUACAUCUGUAACCAUGGGGAGUAACCAUACAGCCUAAAUAUAGAUACAUCUGUAACCAUGGGGCAUAACCACACAGCCUAAAUAUAGAUACAUCUGUAACCAUGGGGCGUAACCAUAAAGACUAACAAUACGUCUGUAACCAUGGGGCGUAACCAUACAGCCUAAAUAUAUAUACUGUACAUCUGUAACCAUGGGGCUUAACCAUACAGCCUAAAUAUAUAUAUACUGUACAUCUGUAACCAUGGGGCGUAACCAUAAAGACUAACUAUACGUCUGUAACCAUAGCGACUAACUAUAGAUAUGCCUGUAACCAUGGGGCGUAACCAUACAGCCUAAAUAUAUAUACUGUACAUCUGUAACCAUGGGGCUUAACCAUACAGCCUAAAUAUAUAUAUACUGUACAUCUGUAACCAUGGGGCGUAACCAUAAAGACUAACUAUACGUCUGUAACCAUAGCGACUAACUAUAGAUAUGCCUGUAACCAUGGGGCGUAACCAUACAGCCUAAAUAUAUAUACUGUACAUCUGUAACCAUGGGGCUUAACCAUACAGCCUAAAUAUAUAUAUACUGUACAUCUGUAACCAUGGGGCGUAACCAUACAGCCUAACUAUACGUCUGUAACCAUAGCGACUAACUAUAGAUAUGCCUGUAACCAUGGGGCGUAACCACACAACCUAACCAUAGGUAGCGGCAUAACCUAAAGGAUGCAUUACAUGGGAGGGGUAAUGUCCACUCGGCCAGUAAUCCUCCAAGUCAUUGUGCAGAUCUCUUUUGUACUUAAAACUUAAUGGGGCUUUUUUGUAUUUUACCCCCUUUUUUCUCCCCAAUUUCAUGAUUUCAAUCUUGUCUCAUCGCUGCAACUCCCCAAUGGGGUCGGGAGAGGGUCGAGUCAUGCGUCCUCUGAAACAUGACCCGUCAA